UUUUACCUGCACCCCUGGAGGUCAGCUGCUGGUCUCCCUGGCCUCUUCUCCUCCGCACUCAGCUGCUCUCAGUUGAUCACAGGCGAUGGGAGGGUUCCUACAGUUCACUAAGGUGUGGGCCCCACCACCCCGUCCUCAUUUCACACUGGCUCCCCCAAACUUUUCCACCAUCUUCACAAAGGCCAGGUCCUCUGGGUCUGUUGUUUUCACACACCCAGACCAGGAGAUUCUAUUUUACCUCUCUUUCCUCUCUCUGGGUCUGCUUCUUGCCCUCCGUGGGAGUUUCUCCUAGCGUUUAUCCGCAUCCCUUUCACGAAGCACCGAUCUCACACACACUCACACACACACACACACACUAUCUCUUCUUGGUUCACCCUUAGCUCCCAAGCCCUCACCCGCAGGAGUACCCACAGGCCCUUCAUCUUCCUGAACACACAUGCGGGUUAACCAGAUUUCAGGGUUUGCCUUCACUGUCCUCCCCUUCACUCCUCCCUGCCCCACAAUCCCUUUAGCCAGAUAUAAAGCUCCCAAAUUCCGGGCGAGAUUCCCAGGAACAAAGCAAGGAGAAAAAAAAAAAAAAAAAGCCAUCAGAACAGUUUGGGAAGUAAACAGCAGCUGAGCAGAAGGAGGGAGGGAAAGCCGGGUGGACCCAGGUGGGUGGCCCUCCAGUGCGCCCAGCUCAGGGGAUGCCCCUGCCUCCGUCCCUCCCCCUUCACCUGGCUUUUAAGGGGAGCAGCCUGCUGCAGCUGCGCCAGCCUCUUUGGAAGGAGCGCACGGAGCAGCAGAACCGCUGACCAUGGCCAGGGCCGGGAUGCCCACACUGCUGCUGCUGCUCCUCGCUGCGGGCCCGGGGUCCGCCUCAGCGGGGCUGCAGCAGGGCUGUCGCGGGGGCUGCGCGGAGGAGGGAGGCGCGGGGUCGCCUGCGGACGACGGCUGUGCAGAAGGCGGAGGCUGCCUCAGGAGAGAGGGGCAGCCGUGCGGGGUCUACGUCUCCGAGUGCGCCCCAGGACUGCAGUGCCGACCGCGGGAGAACGAAGAGGCACCGCUGAGGGCGCUGCUGGCCGGCCAGGGCCGCUGUCAACGGGCCAGGGGGCCGGCCGAGGAGAGUAAACCCCAUGCAGGAGCUUCCCGUCCACGUGAGACAAGCCACAGAGACCGGCAGAAGAAUCCAGGGACCUCCAGCACCCCUAUAAGGCCCAAUCCAGGGGGUACUCAAGACUCUGAGAUGGGCCCCUGCCGCAGACACUUGGAUUCCGUGCUGCAGCAACUGCAGACUGAGGUCUUCCGAGGUGGGGCCCAGGGGCUCUAUGUGCCAAACUGCGACCUCAGAGGCUUCUACAGAAAGCAGCAGUGUCGUUCCUCCCAGGGGAGUCGCCGUGGUCCGUGCUGGUGUGUGGAUCCCAUGGGCCAGCCCUUGUCAGUGUCUCCAGGCAGCCCCGGAGGCUCUCACUGCUCUGCCGGGAGCCGUGGCUGACAGGAGGGAGCCUCCAGGACCCUGGCAGGAAGGGGCUGUCCUGUGAGCUAUGUGUGGAGUGAUUAGUAACUCAGGGGCUCUGGGCCCCCAGUCUCACCUUCAGGCCCUGUCCCAGUGUCGCCGACCCUCUCCAUCCCCCCCAGACCUUUACACAUCAAGUUAGGAAGGCUGCUGCUUGGGGGUCCUAAUAAAGCUGUGUCGGGUCUCUGGCGUA